AUGAUCCGGCUCUUGCUCUCCAGCUUCACAGGUGUAGUGAUGAGACAAGACGCUACCCAAGACUGUCUUACAUUUUAUACGUUUGCUUCUUCAGGGUCCGUAGCCACCGCUGAGGAUCCAGCAGCUAUUGCUACCAUUCAGUCUGCUGCCACCUUUACUGACCAACCCAUCAAAUAUCUGUUCAAGACAGAAGGAGCGGGUGGACAGGUGACCUACAGAGUGAUCCAGGUGGCAGAUGGCCAGUUGGAGGGUCAGACAGACGGAGCUGCAGCGGUCAGCCUGGUCGCCGGUUUCCCCGCGACCACUCAGACUGUCACACAGGCCGUCUUCUCACAGUCAGAGGCGUUGGAGGGAGAUGGCAGCGCUGAGACACAGUACACUUACUACCCUGCCACCAUCGCAGAUGCCACCACUGGUACCAUGGUAACCACCGUGCAGGCGUCUGACACGCUUCUGGGCCAGACCACGCCCACAGGACAGCUUUAUGUGAUGAUGUCACCACAGGAGGUUUUGACGGGGUCCAAUCAAAGGACGAUUGCACCUCGAACUCAGCCGUACAUUGCGAAGCAGGACGCUCCACGAGCCUCCAGAGAUGAGAAACGGCGAGCCCAGCACAACGAAGUUGAGCGGAGGCGCCGGGACAAGAUCAACAACUGGAUCGUGCAGCUGUCGAAGGCCAUUCCAGACUGUAACGUCGACUACACCAAGACGGGACAGAGUAAAGGGGGGAUCUUGUCCAAAGCCUGCGAGUACAUAAAGGAGCUGCGACAGAGCAACCUGAAGCUUGGCGAGGACGUUGGCGUUCUGGAUCGUCUAAGAGUUGACAACCAGCUACUGAGACAGGAGGUGGAAGACUGGAAGUCCAAGAAUCAGAUCCUGAGGAACCUCUUGCGACAGCACGGCAUCGUGGGAUCGUCCAGCACAGAGCCUCAGUGAGAACCCUGCAGUCAUCAAACACGUGGGCCAAAGGAGUACUUGAAAUGCUUUGGAGAUACUUCAUUUGUGAUCAGUGUGCAUGAAACAGGGGAAAGAAGUGAAUAUUGUGAAUAUUCAAAUCCAACUUCUUUGCUAAAUGACAUCCGAGCUUUUUACAGCAUUCUUUUAUCUACAGUACAAUCAUCAUAUUGAUUUAGCGAAGCCCUCAUUUAACGCCUCCCUGCACAAACAUUAUGUUCAUUAUCGUCAGCCUCCAGUACAGUAAGCUCACUUUUCUUUCCUUUCUGUGUCUCACACACACUCAUACGUUCACAUUGUUUAUCACUUUGAUCAGUCGAUGCUAUGAGUUGUUAUCCAAGAGUCUGACUCUUUGUAUUUUUAAUGUGUCAUGAAGCCUCACUGGGGACAUUUAUUACAUUGCAACAAUGUAACUAACUAAAUAAAUUGGAGGGGGGGGGGGCAUUGCAUAGUAGGUAGGUUAUGUAUGUCUUUAUAAUAAAAACAAAUAUUAUGCUACAUGUCACGAGCCGCUCUCAGCUGUGAUUAAUAAAGCUUAUGAACUGGUUAAAA